AUGGAUUACCAUGUACAACGUGCGAUGGCUCAAGGCAUGUAUGCCGCCAUGGACACGUUCGUUCAAAGUACUGCCAUGAAAGUGGACUGGACGCAGCGUCAGAGCGUUGUUGACCGACUACGCCAAUGGAUCAGACAUCGAUUUGUCCCUGCCGUCGGCCUCUCAACACCGAACGAAUUGACAGACUGGGAAAACACGGCUCUUGAACGUCUGGCAAAGCAAAGGAUCAGACACCUUCUCGAUUAUGUCAAAGCAUGGCCACAUUCUACCGGAGCAAUACUGGACCUGAGGGAAUGUAUGCACUCGUCAGAAGUAAAAGUCCUGAUUGCGACCUCAUUCACACGUCAGCUAAGUCGUCGCAUGUUACAUGCUGGUGUGACAACAUCAGAGCUACUUAGCAUCUACAUCAAUGUCAUCAUGGCGUUCAAGACCCUGGACCCCCGGGGUGUGCUUCUGGAUAAGGUGGCUGUACCUUUACGUGCCUAUCUGAGGCAUCGCGAAGACACCGUCAGAAUCAUCGCAGCCAGUUUUCUGGCAGAUGUUGGCGAGGGCGAUGACUAUACCAACAGUUCGGCCGAAGAGAUAUGCAUCGACCUUGCUAGAGAAAUUAAUCUCUCGGAGGGCCAAGCGAUGCACGUAGAUCACAAAGGCCUCGAUUGGGACGAUAUGGAAUGGAUGCCCGAUCCUAUUGACGCAGGACCUGGUGAGUUAUCUUACUUCGAAAAACAGCAGCGUGCUAACCAGCUUAUCUGCNNAGACUACAAGAAAUCCAAAAGCGAGGAUGUCAUGUCGUUUAUGCUCACUCUCUUCGAGCAAGCUGAUUUUAUCAAAGAAGUUCAGUCGCUACUGGGAGAACGAUUGCUAAGUGUGGGCUACGAUGAUACUGAACUCGAGAAGGAGAUUCGUCUUGUAGAGCUCUUCAAGACACGUUUCGGUGCCGACCGUUUGCAGUCAUGCGAAGUCAUGCUACGCGACAUACAAGACUCGAGACGCAUCAACAAUACCCUUCGUCCAAAGGACGACUUCCCAACAGCACAGGAAGUGCAUGCUGCCAUCCCUGACUCUGGUAUCAAAAGCCAGGCACUCAUCGGCAAGUUCAACACACGUGUACCACGGACAGACUUGGCUGGCCACAAGUUCAUCGCUCUGAUCAAAUCCGUGGCCGUUGCCGAACAAGACUCAGAUAUACUCUAUCCAUCACCCGACCUGCCGAUGUUCGAGUCCAGUGUCAAUUCCGAGCUAUCUGCAGCCUUCCACACUCAAAUCCUGUCUUCGUUCUUUUGGCCAAGUCUUCGGGAAGAUGAAUUUGCCGUGCCCGCCCCUAUCUCCACCCUGCAGAAGAGCUUCGAGCAAGACUUUGAACGUAUCAAGAAUCUGCGCAAGCUGCACUGGUUAUCUGCGCUUGGAAAGGCUACGGUUGAGCUCGAGCUGGAGGAUCGUACUGUGAAGCUCGAAGGAGUCCAGACAUGGCAAGCGAGUGUCAUCUAUGCGUUCCAAGAUGACGACCAAGACAUGCCAGCAUCAAGAACAGUACAACAGUUGGAAGAGUCGCUCGAGAUGGAUGAGAUGCUUGUACGCAACGCGCUUGCAUUCUGGAAAGGCCAUCAAGUUCUAGUCGAGGACGAACCAGACGUCUUCACUGUCCUUGAGAAGCUGCCAUCCGCUGACAAAAAGUCCGCUGUUGGCACUUCAGCACCAAUACAGGCCGAUACCGUUAUCUCUGCAGUCAAAUCUCAAGAUGCUGUGCUUCAGGACAACAAGCCUAUGUAUGAGAUGUUCAUGAUGGGCAUGCUUACGAAUGGAGGUGCCAUGGAUGCGGCACGUAUUACGAUGAUGAUGAAGAUGGUCGUCCCUGGCGGUUACAACUUUGGCGAGGACGAGACCAGAUGGUUACUUUCUGGCUUGGAGGAACAAGGCAAAUUGAUCGCUAAUGGCAGCAACUACUCCGUGAAGAAAUGA